AUGGUGCACAACGGCGGCCGGCAACGAAUCUCCGACUUGUUGGACUACGUAUCCCUGCACCGCAUCUCGGUGCCCUUUCUGCGGGAAGAGGAGGUGCCCGCAGAGGCGCUCGCCGGGGCCGUGGAGCUGGACAUGGAGCAGCCCGAAGUCUCGAGCGCCAAGGUGCUGCGGCGGCGCUUGCGGCGCUCCUUCUGGCAGGAGGUGCGCGAGGCGGUGCCUGCGUCGGUGCUGCGGCUCGCAGGGGAGCUGCACGGCACCGGCAUGCGGCCCACUUCGGGGCUCUUCGAGCCCUCGGAGAAGGUGCUGCGCUUGUGGCGGCUGAUGGCGCCACAUCUUGGCCAGGACUACCUGGCAGUGCACGUGCGCCGAGGGGACAAGUUGGUCAUGCCCGGCCUAGCAGAGGCCACCUGCCCCGCAGCUGUGGCAGGUUUUGUCUCCCGCGUGGCCGGGCAGUGCCGGAAAGUCUAUGUGGCCACCAACGAGGAGGUUGAGAACUAUGAGGAGGCGUUGAAAGAUGCGGGCUUCCUUUGCUAUACGGCGAGGAGCCUGGUAUCCUUGGACGCCUUCACUGAGCUGGCGGACGACAACUACCUGCUCUUUGCGGUGGAGAUGAAGCUGGUAGACGAGGCUAAGGUAUCAGUGCGGACCUUCAACGACGCCACUCCCUGGUUUUGUAGCCACAGCAAAGUGAGCCACUUCUUGCUGGACCGCAGCAUGCAUGACUACGUUCUGGGGCUCAGCGGCCUGGGCCGCAGCUCGCGGCACUUCUGCAACCCGCUGGACUUCGAGGCUCUGCGCUUUGACGCGCUGGACGCCGCGCUGCCGCGGCGGCCCACGCGGUCCGAGAGCUGCGAGGUGCCAAGACACGUGCUGGUGUUCGAAGGAUGGAGCACGGCGCGGAGCUGGCGGGACGUCCCUGCCUCCAUUUGGCCCAUGCGGCGGUGCGCGGAUGGGAGCUGCCAGGUGGAGGUGAGCUUUUGGGGCCCCGAGCUGCCAAGCCCUACGUCAAUCACCACCUGGACAGACUACUUCGGGCCUUUGGCCAGCUUCCAGGACACCUUGCCCAGCGGUCCGCGCAGGUCGACGCUCUUCGGCUUCGAGAAUGUGUCGCCGCAGCACCAAGGCCGCCGCAGGGCGGAGCUGCCGCGGGCCACGGGCGCUGUGUUUGCGUACUGCUCCCUGGGCCGCGUGACCGUGACGGACAGGAAGGGCCGCCUGGAGCUGUGCGCGGGGCAGUACGGCGCCUUUGCGGCGCCGCUGUCUCUGGCCCUGGCGCCCGCCACGCGGCUGGUGGCGGUCCAUGCGGAGCCCUUCACUGCGCUGAGGAGCUGCGGGGGCCCGGUGGAGCCCAAGGGCCGCUUGAGGUAUGUGGAUGGAUGUUCGGACACACUGCUGCUGGCCCCGCCCAAGCUGUCCGACCCGUGCCUGAACCUGCUGCACUUCCCGGCUCACAUCUCCCAGACGGCCCACACCCAUCCCUCCCUGCGCUGCGGUUUGAUCGCCGGCGGCGCAGGGUAUUGCCAGCAUCCGGGCGGCCAGCUGCAGUUGAAGCCAGGGAUGGUGUGGGCCAUUCCAGCCGAGACGGUGCAUUCCUUCCACACGAAAGCCCAGGAGUUGAACGUCAUCGCGUACCACCCAGACACCGAUUGGGGCCCGCAGGAUGAGGACCACCCCAUGCUGAACCGCACCUGGGUGGACGGCCGCAAGAUCGACAACUCCAAGCACGGCGCCGAUAUGCUGUGCACCGAGCAAAGUUUGGUCGAGGCGCUCAGGGCCCAGACCAAUGGCAAGGAUCAGAAAGGAGUACUUGGGCCCCUCACGACGAACAGUGACGACCGGAACGGGACGACAACGAAUGGCGCCAAGCGAUGGGUACAGGCGCUGGCUGUACUGGAAGACCAGACACCUUUGCUUUUGCAACCUGCUCCAUCUCCAGACGAAUCCGUUGCCUCGGUGAGUAAAACUGGUCAGCCGGUCAUGGAACUUGCCGCCGAUGGCCCACGGCAGGUGAGGCUCCACAAGGGGCAGCUCACGGUCUCCAAGGUGUACAGCCCGCUGCACUCCAAGCUGAAGGCCCACCUCGCCAAGCCAUAUGCGGCAUCUGUGGCACGGAAGCUCCUGGACGAGGACUGGCGGGUGCGGCUGGCCGCGGUGGUCGCCUUGGGUGACCUCAAGGCCAGUUUCGCAGAGCAGGUGGGCGCACUCUGCCGGGAUCCGGACAACCAGGUAAGGCGAAGCGCACUUGCGGCUCUUGAGAAGAUGGGCGCUGCCCCUGCCUUGGCUGCGGGUUUCCUCGGUGACGACGACGCUGCAGUGCGUAAGGAUGCGGCGACGGUGUAUGCCGCACUGGGCGGCGGCCAAAUGGAUGACGGCGAGUUGUCCGAGGCAGACUGA